GUGACCCAAAGCUUUCCUGGCUUCUGCCACUCACAGCAUGAUACCAAUGCUGUGAUGAAAAAUACACCCCCCCGCCUCGGUCUCCACAAGUUUCCGUCCUCUAGUGUCCCAAAGCUGCCUAUAAAGAGAGGGCACAGCUCAGACCCCAGCAGGAGGCUGCGACUUUGGGUCUCCGGGUCCAGCUCCACUGGCCCCACCUGACCCUCUCACCCGCCCGGCGUCAUGGAGCUCCGCGGGGCCGCCCUGGCUGUCCUGCUGCUCACCACGGCCCUCUCUGCCCACACCUGCUCGGCCAGCCUUGGUGCCAACACCCCGACCGCCUGCUGCUUCUCCUUCGUCUCCCGGCAGAUCCCACGCAAAUUCGUGGACGACUAUUAUGAGACCAGCAGCCAGUGCUCCCAGCCCGGCGUCAUCUUCAAGACCAAAAGAGGCCGGCAGGUCUGUGCCGACCCCAGUGAGGACUGGGUCCAGGAAUACAUUACCGACCUGGAGCUGAAUCCCUGAGUGGCCUGGGAGCUGCAGGGAAGAUGGACAGUUGGGGAAGCAGGAUGAUGACCCUGGGGCUCCAAAAGGCACCUCUUCUGUGGGUCACACCCCUUCCCCAGCCACUCACUGGGGCCCUCCUUCACUUUAAUGUCUCCUAUUUAACCUUUGUCAUUUAUUUCCACCAUGGAAGUGUGUGAUGUCAUGAAUACCUGCUCUGACCCCCCGUCACCCUCUUCCCCACACAUCCCUCCCCUUCCUCCGUAACUGUCCUCACUCUCAGUACGUGGAUCAGUCAGUGUGAUUGGUCCUCUCCUGGCAGCCAAACAACAAAUGCUGGUCGAGUGGUUUUGCCCAGGACCGUGAUUCAAAAUGUUGAAGGCUCUUCUAUAAAAGGUAAACCAACCA